AUGGCGGCAAGACUCGUUCUGUACCGUGGAAAGGUACCUGACGCGAUUCGUGCCAAGAUUGACGACACGAUCGGGCGCACCAUGUAUCUCGUUCAAACAACAGGCCCGACCAACUAUAUCCAGGAGCAAAAUAGCUCCACUAAGUACCGCGUGCUCAUCGGUGCAGUUCAGUCGUGCACGUGCGGCGACAAAGAUGUGUGUUGUCACCUUCUCUUUGUUAUGUUGAAGAUACUGCGCGUGCCACGGACCAACCCCGUCGUGUGGCAAAAGUCGCUCAUUGAUUCAGAGAUUACAACGCUCCUCAGCGGUGGGUACAGUGAAGAAACGAAUGCGCGCGCGAAACCUGCUUUCUUGCGCCGAAAGUUGGCCCCCGAGACACCCGAAGUCGACGAGACGACAAAAAAACAAGUCGCGACCCGCCAUGCGCUUGUUGAGGGUGAAGUGUGUGCGAUUUGCCAAGAAGAAAUGGUCGAGAGCGAGAAAAACCUCACGUACUGCAAGCACGGCUGUGGCAACAACUUCCACAUCGACUGCAUGAAGGUGUUUGGGGAGAGCCGGAAACAAUCGAAAGAGCCGAUUAGCUGUCCACUGUGCCGCCACGACUGGGGGGACUCGGCACUCACGGAGCUCAAGAAGGAAGCCGACAUAUCGAACCGCAACCCACUCGUGCACACUGGCACGACGUGCAAACAGUGCCAGACCAAGCCAAUUCGCUGCAACCGAUACCGCUGUCUCCAGUGCAAGCACACGGACCUCUGCGAGCGUUGCUUUAAGAGCAAUGCCCAUGCCAAGCACUCGUUUGUGCUACGCAAAACGCACAAAGGCACGUGGUUUCCAGCGCUGCGGUCACUCCGUGACGCUCUACUAAGUCCUCAAGCGAUAAACGACCUUGAGGGCCGAGAGCUUUCGCACGCCGACUAUGACCUUCUCUGCGAACUUGAUGCAGCCGAAAAGUACCCACUACAAGACUAUCUCAUGGCCAAUCUGGUCGGCGACAAGCUCGGUGCUGCACAAGCGAAAGCGUGGACACCUGCGAGUCCCGACGUGAGCAACUGGUCGCGUCUCGCUCAAGCCCAAGUGACGCGGGACUUGAACCGAGCGCAAUCCCAGGAUCGCAAGCGUCGACAAAAGGUCGCCCUGGUGGAGCGUAAGCUGCAGCACGCACCUGGCUUGUCGUCGCUGCUGCCCUUGCAGCUGGGGCCGCUGGCGACAACCAUCGAUGAGCCGAGCCGCCAAGAGCGCAUCGCCCAGGCCAAACUCGAGAAGCAGAUCAAAGUCAAGGCCGAGCGCGAGCGCAAGCAUGAGCUCGCCAAAUCCCGCCGCCAAGAACAAGUCGAUCACGAAGGGUGUCCGCUAUCACUAUUGGGCUAA